AUGGCUGGGAAGGCAGCUGCCGGCCAGAAGAAGCCCCCGCAGCCCCCCAAGAAGAAUGCAGGAAGCAACUUUCCCGGCCCUGCAACUGCGGGGCAGCCUGGGAACAAGACGCACUACCAGGUCACGCAGGAGGAUGAGGUCAUGGUGUUGAAGGCCAUCUAUGGAGAAGACUUUAUUGAGCACAACACGACCCAUGGCGCGUGGAAGAAACCUGAGCCGGCAUUUGACAUAAGAGUGCGGGCCCUGUCUGACCAGGAUCUUGCUGUCACUCUUUCCUUUGUCCUGGUGGCGACAUAUCCAAAGUCGCCGCCUCUUUUGACUGUCAAGAACGAGAGUGGGCUGCGGGAAUCAACAAGGUUUAAGAUCCAGACGUUUGUGGACACAAAGCCCAAAAUCUUUGCCAAGGAUGAAGAGGAAAUGGUCGACCGGAUUGUCGAAGGUGUCCGUGAUAUCCUGGAAGAAGCCGCCAUCAAGAAGGCCAAAGGUCUCGAGAUUCCCUCCCUGGAGGAAGAACGAGCCGCCCAUGCGGCAGAAAUGGGCAGGCUGGCCCACCAGGAGAAGGAGCUUGAAGAACGCAAGAAGCUCGAGGAGUCCAAGGAGGAGGAGAGAGUCCUGGGCGACAUGCUCCAGGAAGAACUCAAACGCCAGAAGACUAAGGCCAAGGAGUCGAGGAAGAAGAACAGGUCUCGGCAACUUUCGCCGGGCCGUGCGGCCGAAGAUCCCCGGGACACGGACGAAGCCGUCGUGUUUGACCAACCCUGCAAGCUUACCGAUGGAUCUGGAAAUGCCUUGUAUUUCCAGACCGUUAUUGGCAAGGUACUCUUCAGGGAAGGUCCAGUGACGGCAGUAUACAAGGUCAAGCCCGUGCUAUCAGCGAGGGUGGUUCGGCCCAGCCUUGCUCUGAAGCAGGUAGAGCUGAAAUCCCAAGGAAAAGACUCGGUUCAAUUCAAGAAACAGUUGCAGUCCUUGGAGGCGCAACUCGAGUCGCUGAAAAAGCUCCACCACCAGAACCUUCUUCAGUUACUUGAUUUCAGAAUCGACCGCUCCAUUAGCGAGUCUUCGCCGACCGUCUGGACUGUCAGCAUUCUCGGCCCUCUUGCCGGCAGGGGCCCACUCGAUGAGCUUCUUGAACUGGCUGGUCAUAUCGAUGUCAGCAAGGCUAGAAUAUGGACUGCGAAUCUCCUCGAAGGCCUAGGCUAUCUGCAUAACAAUGGCCUUGUUCACCAGGAUAUCCACCCCGGAAAUAUUCUCCUCUGCAGAGAGCCGGCAGGGGAUAUAGUCCCGAAAAUUGCCGACUCGGGAUACCAGAGGGAACUGCACAACAUUUGCGCCCAAGCACCUCUCUUGGCUUCGACAAGGGCAGCAAAAUCGGCGUACUGGUUUCCUCCCGAGAUAGCCGGCGUAUCAAAGCCACAAUAUACCCAAAAGACGGAUGUCUGGGAGUUCGGUAUAGUCUUUUUGCAGAUGAUUUUUGGUCUCGACGUCCCGGAGAAGUACCACUCUCCAGCUUCGUUGAUGGAAUCUCUAUAUCUGUCUCCUCAACUGGAAGAGCUUGUGACAAAGUUCUUCAAAUCGGACCCCAAGAAGCGGCCUCGGGCCUUUGAGUUGAGCUCGAGCGAAUUCCUGGCGACCAAUGCCCCGAUUCUAGCCGACGACGAGUCUGCAGCCAUGUCGGGGUCGUUGACCUUGUCUCAGUCUCACCAGCGGAGAACACGCCACGACUCUACAAACCGAGGUGUAAUCUCUAGAUACGUAGAAGACUAUUGGGAAGAAGCUCGUAUUGGAAAAGGAGGGUUUGGCGAGGUGGUUAAAGCUCGGAAGAUUAUUGACGGAAGACUUUAUGCCAUCAAAAAGAUCACCCAGAAGUCCAAAGAGACGCUGUCCGAAACAUUAAAAGAGGUUCGGCUGCUCUCACAGAUGAACCAUGCGUCCGUUGUUCGAUACUUCAAUACCUGGUAUGAGUCGUUUGCCGACUCUUCAGACGCUGAAGGCGACACCUCCACUGAAGGAGGAAACACUGAGGAUUCGCGAGAUACUGUUACCCCUGAUAUCGACGUGCAGUUCGGUGCAGACAGUAAAGACAGCAACACGGAACCUUCUGUGGAUAGCAACACCGGAGGCUUGGAUUUCAUGUCGUCGAGUGGCCAUCCAUAUGUUGAGGAAUCCGACGAUGAAGAUGAAUCGGACGCUCAAGAAGAAGCCGAGUUUUCUGCUUCUGACGAUGAUACCGCAUCAACCUCCGACGAAAGACCAAAAGAUCAGCUUGCUGUUCCGCCCAGGCGUGUCAGAAGAGGCAGUACUCGCCCUUUUAGAACAAUAUUGUACAUUUCCAUGGAGUAUUGCGAGAAACGGACCCUGCGAGAUCUCAUAUCUCGCCACCUCUGCAGGGAACCCCAAGAGGUUUGGCGAUUGUUUCGUCAGAUACUUGAAGGCCUAGUUCACAUCCACGGCCUCAACAUCGUGCAUCGGGACCUCAAGCCCGAGAAUAUCUUCAUUAGCGCUACCUCUGACGGUGUCGAGAAUGUUAAGAUUGGUGACUUUGGGCUCGCAACAACCGAGCAGCUGACAGCAGAUAGAAUUCCAGCUACCAUGGACUCGGGCGACUUGACUCGAAGCAUCGGCACGGCCGUUUACGUUGCUCCAGAAGUGAGGACUGGAGGAAGCGGUGGAUAUACGGCCAAAGUCGACAUGUACUCCCUGGGUGUCAUCUUUUUUGAAAUGUCAUAUCAGCCUAUGCUUGGAAUGCAGCGCGCAUUAGUACUCGAGCAAGUACGGCGCUCUCUGCCAACUCUCCCGUCCGACUUCAAGUCCAUCGACAAGAACCACGUGGAGAUUCUUCUCUCACUCCUUAACCACAAUCCAAAGGAACGGCCCUCAAGUCAAGAACUGUUGAAGAGUGGGAAGUUGCCUGUUCAGAUGGAGAGCGAGGUAAUACGACGUGCAAUCGACGGACUGGCGGACCCGGACUCUCCCUACUUCAAGAAGAUGCUUUCCACUUUAUUUUCCCGGCCCGUCGAGCAAGCAAAGGACUACGCCUGGGAUAUGUCUUCUUCUGCGCCGAGCAAUUCGGACCUCAUGAGGCAAUAUAUUGUAAAAGACACGCUAAUCUCGAUUUUCCGACGACACGGUGCUAUCGAAGCCCCAGCGGCCGCUCUUUACCCCCGGUCAACCAAUUACGGCCAGAAUGCUGUGCGGUUGCUUGAUCAGAGUGGCACAGUACUCCAAUUGCCGUACGAUCUGAUGAUGGGCCACGCUCGCUCCUUGGCAAGACUGACGAAUGGCCCCGUACCGCAACGCUCAUACUCCUUUGGGAACGUAUUCAGAGAACGCCAUGGUGGCGGGCAGCCUGACGUCUACGUAGAGGUCGACUUCGAUAUUGUCACUACCGACGCCUUAGAUCUUGCCUUGAAGGAGGCUGAAGUGAUCAAGGUGGUGGACGAAAUCGUCUCGGCAUUUCCCACGACAUCUUCAACUCCGAUGAGUUUUCAUCUAGGGCACUCGGAUCUCCUGGACUUGAUCUUUGAGCAUUGCGGAAUCCACCCAAGUGCCAGACGUCGAGCUGCGGACACCCUCAGUAAACUCAAUAUUCGCAGCUUCGGCUGGACAAAAGUCCGCGGUGAGCUCAGAUCUCAGGCCAUUGGAAUUUCAGCCACUAGCAUUGAUGAGCUGCAGAGGUUUGAUUUCCGAGACUCUCCGAGCAAGGCCAUCUCAAGAGUGAAGAGUCUGUUCGAGGGAAGCGAGGGUGACUUGUCUCAGAAGGCAUCCUCUGUACUGGCUCACCUCAAGGAAGUAUAUGAGUACACGAAGAGAUUCGGCGUCUCAAAAAAGAUAUAUAUAAGCCCCUUGCACAGCCUGAACGAGAAUUUCUUCCGUGGAGGGGUACUUUUCGCUUGCCUCUACGAUAAUAAGGUUAUGGACAUUUUUGCGGCUGGUGGCCGCUACGACAGCCUGAUCAAAGAGCAUCGUCUGAAGACUGGCGUUCGCUUCGAAGAGAGACAUGCGGUCGGCUUUAGCAUGAACUGGGAAAAGCAGCUGGCGAAGCAAAUACCAAAAUCUGCUGGCAAGGCAUUCCUCAAGAGAGCCGCCGAGGAAGAGGGCCACGGAAUAUUCAGCGCAAAACGGUGCGAUAUUUUAGUUGCAAGUUUUGACCCAUCCGUCCUGCGGUCUUCGGGUAUAGAGCUCGUCCAGACUCUGUGGGCACACGGCAUAAGCGCCGAACUUGCCAGAGAUUCUCGCUCGCCCGAUGAUCUCCUUUCUAGCUACCGAGACGAAUCUUAUAGCUGGAUUAUCAUCAUAAAACAGGAUAACAUGCUAAAGAUCAAGACCGUGGGACGGAAGGACGCUCAGGAUGCCGACAUCGCCGCCAAGGAAUUGCUCAGCUGGCUAAAGGUCGAGAUCCGCGAGCGCGACGCCCGAUCCGUGGUCAAGUUGCGGAGCGGCGCAAAUGUGCCAGUAACGGAGUCAACCCACGGGUUGGAUGGCGGGACUGGGCAGGAUGUGCAUAUUCUUGUUGCCCAGACCAAGAGCAAAAAGUUCAAUCGCCAUGCAGUGGUCGAGCAAGCCCAAGCCAGCGCUUCGCGACUGGCGCAAAGCUUCCUUGAGGGCCCCGUUGCGGCCAUUGAGACAUCUGACAAUGUCGUUGAGAUGAUAAACACCACGAGCCUGUCUGACACGGAGAGCUGGAAGAAAGUAGAGCAGUCGGUCGGCACGGUCGAGAGGAAUUACGUGAGGGAGAUACACGACAUGCUGGAAGCAUGGCGAUGGGAGUGGGAGGCCAAAAAGGGGCCCGGUCAUGCAUUUGUCUACAACUUCCGGACGGGCAAGUGUAUAUACUACGAUCUAGGGGCCUAG